AUGGCGACGGGUCUGUGCAACAUCGGAAAUUCGUUUUUCCACGCGUAUCCCGGCUCAGGGUCUUUUUCCAGGAGUGCCGUGACCGCAGCUAGUGGAGUUCGAACUCCGAUGGAGGGUUUAUACGCCGGUAUUUUGGUCAUCGUUGCCUUGCUUUUUUGUACGCCCUAUUUGUACUACAUACCAAAAGCGGCUCUCGCAGCGAUCAUUAUUGCAGCGGUCAUAUUUAUGGUUGAAGUGCGCGUAGUCAGGCCUAUUUAUAGAUCAAAAAAAAGUGACCUCAUACCAGGUUUGGCGACAUUUUUCGCUUGUUUGGUUUUACCUCUGGAAAUAGGAGUUUUAAUAGGUAUUGGAUUGAAUUUGGUUUCGAUUUUAUAUCAUGCGGCAAGACCAAAACUGUUGAUCGAAGUGCAUAAGACACGGGACGGCAUAAACUAUUUGAUGGUCACUCCAGACAGAUGUUUGGUUUUCCCGUCGGUCGAUUAUGUGAGAAAUUUAGUGAUGAAACAAAGUUUGAAACGAGAACUUCCCGUGGUCAUCGACUGUUCUCACAUAUAUGGCGCGGACUUUACCGCGGCAAAGGUUAUCGAGAUGUUAACACAAGACUUCUCGAAAAGAGGCCAAGCUUUGUUUUUCUACAAUUUAAAGCCAAGCGUGGUAGCCGUGUUCGAAGGAGUCCAACCCAAAGGUUUCAUAACGUAUUAUCAUAGACAUGACUUAGAUCAGUUGUUCCAAAGGUGGAAGCACCAACGUCAACAAAUCGAAAAUUCGUCGGCAGACUGA